ACUAACAAGAGAGAGAAAAAGAGAAAAUGAGUAGGGGAGAUAGCAUCAAUGUGAGCAAUGGAGGGGCAUAUCCUCUUGAAUAUUUGUAGUGAUUUGUUAAAAUUGUGAGAGUUCACUGAAGAUCUUUAUAGCUAAAAAAAAACAAAAAACUAAUCAAUAUGAAACAAGUUAUUGUUAUUUUUUGUGCUAUAAUUUCCAGUAGAGCUCAGAUUUUAAUAUAUCCAGAUCAGCAGUAUGACAAAAUUUCAAAGCCAGUAGAAAAUCUUUUUGGUACUUCGCCUGAAAAUAAAUCGCCAGCUUUACAUGAUAUUUUUCCUCAAUAUUGGAGUGAUCAUGUAACGAAUAUUAUAUCAAGAGGAAUAACAAAAUUUGCCUUGGAUAUGGAUGAUGCAAUUUAUAAAAACAGCAAUAGUGCAAGCAAAAAAAGAGAAAAUAUUGUUUUUUCACCACUUAGUUUAGCGGGAACAAUGGCAAUUGUUCUUUUAGCAUCAGGUGGACAUACAUUUGAUGAGGUUGCCAAAAUUCUUGGUCUAGAAUCAGGUGUCGAUGUUUCUGGCCAUUCAGAAGUGGUCCACGAGAUGUUUGGACUCUUAAUUGGUAUGGUUGGUAGAAAUAAAAACAAUCCUGGUCCUCAAGCAACUUAUGCAAAUGGUAUUUUUAUUCAGGAAGGAUAUCCAAUUCGACCUGAAUUUAGAGCAAUUAAUCAGAAAGUAUAUAAAAGUGAAAUAAUAAAUGUAGAUUUUCAUAAUCAUGGUGAGGAAGCUAAAGAAAUAGUAAAUAACUGGGUUAAUAGUAGAACGAAGGGUAAAAUAACAAAAAUUUUAUCAUCUAUACCAAAUCCAGAAACAGAUGUUAUACUUGCAUCAGCUUUAUAUUUUAAUGGAGAAUGGGACCAAUAUUUCAUAGACUCUGCUACUAUGAGAAAACCAUUUACCAUCGAGCCGGGUGAAACUGUAACAGUUGACAUGAUGUACAAUGGAGCUGAUUUUCCAUUUUAUGAAGACAAAAAAUUAGGAGUAAAAAUACUCGGUUUGCCAUAUAAAGGAUUGGAGGUGACAAUGUACGUUUUGCUUCCAAAUAGACCUGGUGCAACAGCAUUAAAAGAAUUUGAAAGAAAUUUAGAUCCAAAUAUUUUGGAGAAUUUAAUAAACAAUGUAAAAAAUCAAACAUGCAUUGUUGGUUUUCCAAAAAUGAAACUCUCAAGUAGUUUAAGUUUAAAACGUGCCUUUCAAUCAUUAGGUUUAAUAACAUUAUUUGAUCCAAGAAAAGCUGAUUUAAGUCUCCUUUCAGCGGGAUUAAAUAAUUCAAUUUCAAAAAAAAAUAUUGAUGACGAUCUUAAAUCACAAUUACCUAAACCACAAGAUGGAUUUUAUUUUCCACCGAGAAUUGGUGAUACUGAUCAAGAUAAUAAAACAACAGACAAUGGAAAUUUAAAGAGGAAAUAUUACUUUAGAUAUGAAGAUAUGCUUAGAGGUUAUUCUGUUGAACAAUGGGAUAAUGGAUUUAAUAUUAAAAGAAAUCGUCGAUCGACAAAUGAUGAAUUUAAAUCAAUCAAGAAUAUGAAUAAACGAAAAAAACGACAAAAUAGACCAAUUGAUCAAGAUUUUCUUAAUUUUCUUAAUUCACAAAAUCUACCAAGUUUUGGAUUAGAUUCAUUGAGAAAUAGUAAAAAUAUACAAAAUCCUGGAUUAUAUGCUGAGGAUAUUUUACAUAGAGUGGAAAUUGAUAUUAAUGAAAAAGGAACAGAAGCUGCGGCAGCAACUGCUGUUGCAAUAGAAAGAACUGGUAGUCAAAGACAUUUUGUUGCAAAUCGACCAUUUUUAUUUUUUAUAAGGCAUGAUUUUAGUAAAUUAAUAUGGUUUUGGGGUACCGUUAAUUCACCAACACCAAAUUUUAGAUAAAAUUCAUAUUUCAUUCAAAUAAUCGAUUAUUAUCAAAUAUUUACUACAUUAAUAUUUAUUUGAAAUUAAAUUUUAUUUAUUUGAAAACAAAUAUUAUUUAAUUAACUUAAUAAUUAUUUAAAAAUAAAAUAUUUGAUAAUAGUCAAUUGUUUGAAUGAAAUAAAUUUU